GAGGGGGCGCCCCGAUCCUCCCUGUGCCCCCUCUGCAGCACUUUGCUGCUAGAAGUAAAGUUUGCAGAACUUUCCCCGGACUCCUCCCCGCUAUAUCCGUGUGUCCGGCCCCGGGCACUGGCUGCUACACGGUGGGCAGGAGGACAGGACCCUGUGACCGCAGCAUGCUGGAUCUGCAGCGCCCAUAGCCGACAUGUGCUUCCCGGUCAGCGAGCCCCUGUGAGCCCCGGGACGCGGCACGAUGCUGCCGGUGACCCUGGUGCUGCUGCUGGGGGCCGCCCGCUGCGCCUCCGCCGUCUUCUCCUUCCCGCUCCGGAUCUCCCCGGCUCAGGUCAGCCAGCCCCAGCCCGUCUCCCCGGCUGCCCCCAAGGACAUAGUAGGGCUCUCGCUGGCCUCGGACCCCAGCGGCCGGAUCAACUUCAUGGCGAUGGUGGAUAACCUGGAGGGGGACUCGGGGAGAGGGUACUACCUGGAGCUGGCCAUAGGGACCCCGGCACAGAUGCUGAAUAUUUUGGUAGACACGGGGAGCAGUAAUUUUGCAGUUGCCGGAGCCCUAGAUCCUUAUAUAAGCACGUAUUACCGAUCUGACCUGUCCAGGACAUACCAGUCGCUUGGCGUUGACGUCACAGUCCGGUACACUCAGGGGAGUUGGUCCGGGACUCUGGGGAAAGACGUUGUGAGUGUACCAAAGGGACUGAAUGCCACGUUUGUCGUCAAUAUCGCCUCCAUUCUGGAAUCUGAAAGCUUCUUUAUGCCCCAAAUCAAGUGGCAAGGGAUUCUGGGACUGGCGUACAGCGCCUUGGCCAAGCCUUCAAGCUCUGUAGAAACUUUCUUUGACUCCCUGGUAGAACAGGAGCAAAUUCCGAAUGUCUUCUCCAUGCAGAUGUGCGGAGCCGGCCUUCCUACUACCGGCACCGGGAUCAACGGUGGCAGCCUUGUGAUGGGUGGCAUUGAGCCCAGUUUAUACACGGGUGACGUCUGGUACACCCCGAUCACGGAGCAGUGGUAUUACCAAGUGGAAGUCCUCAAGUUUGAAGUUGGCGGUAUAACGUUAAGCCUGGACUGUGAAGUGUUCAACGCAGAUAAAGCCAUUGUGGACAGCGGUACGACCCUCCUGCGACUUCCAGACAAGGUCUUCAACGCUCUGGUGGACGCCAUUAUUCAGACGUCUUUGAUCCAGAAUUUCAAUAAUGAGUUUUGGACGGGCUCACAGCUGGCGUGUUGGGAGAAAACGGAAGAGCCGUGGGUCUACUUCCCCGACCUGUCCAUUUACCUGCGAGACGUCAACUCCAGCAUGUCCUUCCGCCUGACCCUGAAGCCGCAGUUGUACAUCCAGUCGGUGGUGACAUUCCGCGGGGAUCUGAAUUGUUAUCGCUUCGGCAUCUCGUCAUCGCCCAACGCCCUGGUCAUUGGAGCCACCGUCAUGGAAGGAUUCUACGUCAUCUUUGACAGAGCGGAGAGCAGGAUCGGUUUUGCUGCCAGUAGCUGCGCAGAAGUCAAUGGCGUGAGGGUAUCUGAGAUCUCUGGUCCCUUCAGUACGACGGAUGUCCCAAAAAACUGCAUAACCAACAACCCCCUCAGGGAACCGCUCAUGUGGAUUAUAUCUUACACUCUCAUGACCUUCUGUGGCAUCGUCCUGCUGGUGCUUGUGGUUUUGCUACUACUUCCCAACAGACGUCUCCGCGAUGACCCUGAGCAAGUAAACGACGAGUCCUCUUUGGUUCGACAUCGUUGGAAAUGAUCGUCCGGGGCUCCGGAUAACCAGCGCGAGCUCCAGACCAGCAUGACGAGACUAGACUUGGUGUUAUCCCACACACAGACUCGCUCCUUGCUGCUGAGAACUUUUUAUACGGACACAAUCGCGAGCGAACGCCAUCUGCGCAAUGUGGCGUUCUCUUUAUAACUUAUUACUUUUCCGUUCCGUGCAGAUUCCAAAGCACACACUAAGGUGUUAGUCUAAGAUACUACUGGACUGAGCAAUCUUCCUCCAACCGGAUACACUGUGGGGUCUAUUCAUGAAGUAGUGAAAAGAGUGGAGAAGUGAGCCUGUGGAGAAGUUGCCCAUGGCAACCAAUUGGCUGCUCCGUACAAUUGUAUAGUAUGCAAAUUAUAAAUGUUACGUCCAUACUGAUUGGAUGCCAUGGCCAACUUCUCCACACUUUUCACUGCUUCAUGAAUAGACCUGUACGUGAUGUUGUUAAUGUAUACAGUUUUUUUUAUUAUUAUUUUUGUAGCUUUUAUUUGAAAGCCAUAGGUCGAGAUUACACAGCUGACCUAUUACAUUGCGGCGGCGGUGGGGGCUCCGGAUUACUAAAUUUAUAUGCACUUCAAACUCGGGCUGCGGCUUCUUCUCUUCCCAUUCCAGAUGGACUAAAUCUUUUUUUUUUUAUAGCCAUAAUCUCUGAUAACUGUUAAUUAUGAUCUGUUAAUUAAUUUCAUAUCACUUCCUGAUGAACCAUCAUACAUUGUAAAUGCUUGCUUGUCCAGGGCUUACAUAGAGGCCCGUAUGAAAUCUAGAUGUAAAUGCAAUUAACACUAAAGGGGCAAAGUCUGAUCUCCUGUAAUCGCUUUCAGCUCCCUUAAUAAUCUAGCAUGGGGGGGGGGAAUACCAAAAUAUCAGCAAGUCUGUUGUUGUAAAGGUAUUCCAUCCUCUGUGUUAUGGCUUGAAAUGCAGAUUAUUAAUGAAUGUUCAUAGUGUACAUCUGUCGUCCUCUUGUUUGAGCUCCAUCAUGGUGCAAAAUUGCUGUAUUCUGCGGGUAAUCUUAUUGGAUGAAUUUGGGGUUAAAUAUCGGAACACUAGUGCUGUGCAACUUCAAGCCAAUGUACUGAUAUAACACCUCUUCCGAUCUGAAUUCCUGCAUGGAUUAGAGGGGUUAAUGCGUUUGUCAGAAAUGUGUUACAGUAUGUGGCUCCAGUGCAGGAUGGCGGACACUGCCCUCUAGUGGUGCUACAGUACACUGCAGCUCCCAUCUAUGUUGGUGAGAGUUGUGGUCUCAGAACUUGUUGCAGUUUUGGUACGAAUGCCAUAUUAUCUGUGUAACCCUCUUCUUGCUGCUCAGGCGCCCCGUUCAGGCGGUGAUAUUUUCAUUUCCUUACUUACUAGGGUGGCAUGCUGCAGACAUUUGGGUAAAGAACACUUAAUUACAAAAUCUUUUUAAUCACUUUGUAUUUGCAGCAUGCUGUAUGUGGGUUGUUUUUUUUUUUUUCUUGAGCGAUCGGACUCCUGGAUAAUGUUGACUUUUUUUUUAUUAUUGUAAUUCUAAAACUUUAAACUGAAUCUGAACACACAAUUAAACAAAGACCUCUA